AGGGUAUUUGAUGCUUUUGAGAGGAAAGCAGGCAUACCUGAAGCCGCUUUUCGUCGGCUGCUUCUUACUACCUCGCCUCGCUUCCACGCCGCUGGCAUUUUUGAGGUCCAUGUCACCAGCCAGCAAGCAUCUCAGAAAUGAGUCCCGCAUUCUGUCUCCGCCCACAACGCAUAGAUAUGAUGGUACGGAUAAGUAUUCAAGAGCAUGCAAUCAAGCGUGCCACGAAGAGGGACCUCGCCUGUCAGAAGCAUCUACAAGACAAGUGGUCCUUUCCACCUUUCCUGCACGACCCUUCGAGCCUUUGCCUUGGGUCACAAAUGAGCACUGGCAAACAAUAUGGGGCGCCAGAGUUAUUCAAGAUACGAUGCUUAAGAAAUUUGCUUCUGAGUCCCUGCCGAAGGGAUGGCAGGACGUGUACGACAGGCGGGAGCGGUGGGAUACGCCCGACGGAGAUUUCUUUCAUGUGGACUUUCUUUUUAGUCACGUGCCUCCUUCGGGCCCUCCCUCACAACCUCGACCUAUGGCUAUUGUACUACACGGACUAGAAUCUACUUCCUGGGCAAUCCUACCCAGAUCAAUGGCAAAAGCCUUUGCGCGACGGGGCUUUGAUGUCCUAGCUCUCAAUUUCCGUGGUUGCUGCGGCACGGAGAAUCUUAAAGCUUACUCAUAUCACUUGGGUUUUACAGAUGACCUGAAAUUUGCCAUUCAGCGCUUGUUUGCUGAGGAGCCGCGACGCCGCAUAUACCUCACCGGCUUCUCUCUGGGAGGGAAUGUGAUCCUUAAGUGCCUGGGAGAGCUCGGGGAAGAAGCAGCAAGCAUGGGUGUACAGGGGGCUGCCGUCGCAUGUGUGCCCUUUGAUGCCGUGCGAUCUUCCAGCAAAAUCGACACCGGCUUCAAUCGUUGGGUGUACGCGGCCAACUUUCUGUCAACAUUGAAGGUGAAAGCAGCAAAAAAAUAUGAGACACAUCAACGGCACCGGGAAGGGAAAGGAGUGGACAAGGAGCUGUAUGACCUGGAUCGGGUUUUGGCCUGCUCCACCAUAGGCGAUUUUGACGACGAGGUUGUUGCGAAGUUGCACAAUUUUGAGGAUAAAAUAGAUUAUUAUCGACAGAGCUGUUCAAAGCAGUACCUUCCAUUAGUACGGAUUCCCGCAUUGGUCAUUAACGCCCGGGAUGAUCCAUUCAUCAAUGAAGCGGGAUUACCUACCCCGGAAGACGUCGGAGAUGGGACGGUUCGCUUGAUUUACCACAGCUAUGGAGGACAUUGCGGUUUUCUCACAGGACAGGAAAAAACGAGCCAUGAGGACGAGCGGUGGCUACCCACGGAGCUCGCACGAUUUUUAGAACAUGUAGAUCGACCAUUCCGCGAAGCGAAAUGUGAAAGUUGACAAUGCAUGUUGAGCGUUGUUUUUUUAAAAGCCAUGGACAUUCGGUUAUGAUCCUAAGAAAGCAAAAUUGAUGGGAACUUGCGUCACAGAUUUUGAUGGCAGGUAGCUUUACUUCGCGCUUCCUUCGAGUCGGUCGUCGUCUCUAUCGCACGGGCCAUUUUCACCCAUGGGUGAAACCUUAGAAAGCAGUGCGCAACAGUAAUGUGGGGCAAACAAUAGCGG